GGAACAACAACACAGGAGUCAGCUCCUGCAGGUGCUGCUGCGAGAGAGCGGAUCUGCUGCCACGUUCAUGCUGCUGCAACCUGUAGCUCCUCUUGCAGGAGGACUGUGCUGAUCCACUGAGGAAGAGGAGGGAGACGAGGAGGAGGAAGAGGAGGAGCAGGAGGAGCAGGAGCAGGAGGAGGAGGACGCAGCCCUGCACGAUGGCCCCGUCCCUGAUCCUCGCCUGCCGCAGCCUGGCUCUCUCGACGUGGCUGCUCUCCUUCUGCUUCGUGCACCUGCUGUGUCUGGACUUCACGGUGGCGGAGAAGGAGGAGUGGUACACGGCCUUCGUCAACAUCACCUACCUGGAGCCCGGCACCGCGGAGGUGAGGUCGGAGAAGAGUGAGUGCGGCCGCUACGGAGAGCACUCGCCCAAGAGGGAAGCCCGGGGUCUGGUGCUGCUGCCGCGCCCCCUGCAGGACAGACAGGCGUGCGACCCCCACGUCAGGUUCCCCCCCGUGGCCCACCACGCCGCCUGGGUGGCGCUGGUGGCUGCUGGGAACUGUACCUACCGGGACAAGAUCCGGAACGUGGCCAGCCUCAACGCCUCGGCGGUGGUCAUAUACAACGUGGGCUCCAGCAACCCCAACGAAACCAUAACAAUGCCCCAUCCAGGUACAGGUGAUGUUGUCGCCAUCAUGAUCCCAGAGCCUAAAGGUCGUGAGAUCGUGAACUUGCUGGAGCGGGGCACCAUGGUCAUGAUGCAGAUCAGCAUUGGAACCCGCAACCUGCAGAAGUACGUGAGCAGAACGUCGGUGGUGUUCGUCUCCAUCUCCUUCAUCGUGCUCAUGAUCAUCUCCCUCGCGUGGCUCGUCUUCUACUACAUCCAGAGGUUCCGCUACGCCAACGCACGGGACCGCAACCAGAGACGUCUUGGAGAUGCUGCCAAAAAAGCCAUCAGCAAGCUGCAAGUACGCACCAUUAGGAAAGGAGACGAGGAGACUGAGUCAGACUUUGACAACUGUGCAGUUUGCAUUGAAGGUUAUAAACCUAAUGAUGUUGUGAGGGUAUUACCAUGCAGGCAUGUUUUCCAUAAACACUGUGUGGAUCCGUGGCUGCUGGACCACCGGACAUGUCCCAUGUGUAAAAUGAACAUCCUCAAAGCCUUAGGAGUUACUCUCAACGCAGACUGCUUAGACGAGAUUCCUGCAGACUAUGAGAUGUCUGUCGGAGGUCCAUCCACCAACCCCAUCAGCGGGGCGAGUGAAAUCACAGUGAACGAGAGCUCGGUGGUGCUGGACCUGCAGCAGCUGCAACACGACGCAGAGACGGCGCUUCAGGCGGGAGAGAGCCACCUCAUGGCCAGCAGUGAGCACCAGCCUCCGCUCAGCUGUGAUUCUGACACGUCUGUCAUCAUGGGCCUGGAGGUGGGCUUGUCUGAAAUAGAGCUGUCAGCAGAGCGAGAAUGUGAUGAGGGAAAAUCCUGAGCCGGUCGGAGCAGAGAGGAAAAAAGGAUGAUGAGAGCAGAACAGAGUGAUCGGGGGGGCUCCCACAGAUCCGCCAGGUCUUUGGCCCCCUGGAGGAGGUGAUCUCAUGGAAGAUGGUGAAAAUGCGCAAUUCAACCCGUAGCGGCACAGAAACACUCGGCUCUGUGUGUUCCACCUGAGAAACAGACUCGUCCCCGUGUCUGCAGACUUGUUGCCUGCUCGUUCUCGUGUUUUGUGGGUGAACGCAGCUCCUGUAUUGUGGCGGUCUAGUUACUCUCCACGUAACCUUUUUCACAUCUUAGCAUCAGAGAUUCACACACACACACGCAGUCCUUGAGAUGUCCGUGGCCUUCCCAGCGCUGAGAAGUCCAAAUAUGUUUCUCCUCACUCUGCCUGCUGCUGGACACGGUGUGAGGAGCGGGAGCGGCUCUUUAACACCCCGACUGCAGCUUUAAUUAUGUCAAGAAAUAUAUGUGCAGAUUAUUCGAUUUCUUGCCUAUGAGAUCACUGCCAACCUGUUCCACGAGUUUUACUGACGUGAUGGAGACACAGCACAUAGGGAUCCUCUAUCAAAGUCUCAGCUGGCGUGAAACCAGCAUUUUUUUCAGAGUCAGACUUGGGGUUACGUGUUAUUAUCCCCCUGGUGCAGGUUUUCAAGUUCACACGGCCAUGUGUGGCACGAAGGGUUUAAAACAGGUAUGCACACACACACGUUAUGCUGUAAUUUCUAAACGUACCUGUUUCUGUCAUCGUUGUGUCGAGACCUUCGUUUUUAAACUGAGCAUUCCUGUUGCUAAGAGGAAACAACCAAACACAAUAGAUAAUUUCUCACGUCCGACAAUCAUAGUUUGCCACGAGCAGUUUGAAGUGAUGUCACCCACUGCCCUACUGAAACUGCUGCGGAUUCACAAGCUACCACAACACAUGGUGUCGGCCUCCUGCGUCAGGAAGGUAAGGUUUCACGCUCACGCUGCUGCUGAGGACGGCUGCGGCUGUCACCUCCAAAUUCUGGCAGCGUGUACAUACGAGCCGGCCAAUAUACAUAUGUCAACAAGUCUGUGCCAAGUUAAUCAGUGGUAUUCUAAACGUAGCUGUAGUCCGUGUACAUGUGAUUCCCUUGGCUGUCAAUGGAGUCUGAGAGACGCUAAUCUGUGCAUGAAAUGAAACCGAAGAAAUAACAGGAGCACAAGGAAUCUGAAAAUCACAAAAGACUCUGCUCGGUGAAACAAAGAGGGACUCUUUUUAAUUGAUAGUCAAAGGUUUAAUUGGGAGGAUUUGAAGCUCUGUUGCAUUUGAUGGCAUGAAUAGAUUGCAGCAUGAAAAUGUUUACAGUUUUGGACUACAUCUACAAUAAGCUUGCGAAUUUUCGAAAAUGAAAAGCAUGCCCCCUAGUGUUUGUGAAGUCUUCAGAAACAUCCCCACACUAAAACACCUGAACUGUAGAAAAUGUAGGAUUUAUUAUGUUGCAUUUCUUUUUUUUAUGUCCUUAAUCACAGCCGACAUCUUGUCUGGAAUCGCAGAGACGAUCUGGUUUCUCUGCCGAGUCUCAGCUGAUUAUUAUUUCCCCUCCUGUUCUGUGACCACGUAUACUGAAUUUUUUACUAUAAUCAAAUUCAAAUGUUUGUGAUUCUCAACUUUAUUUUGUUAUGCUCCUCUGGUCAAUAAUUGAGUUAAGAUGCAUUUUGAAACUU